AUGAGGACCCUUCGUCGAGGCGCAAGAUGCGGGUGGUCGCUGUGGCUACUAUUCCUUCUGCUUCUUCUCCAAGUUUGUUGUGGCAGUGGACAACAAGCCGUUCGGCCUCUGGAUUGUGAUCCUUGUAUUGAACGUCCAUCCUACACCAUUCAAGCCAUUGUCCAUGGCACCCAGAACAGUCAAUUUUGGUUGCAAGUCAAGGCAGCAGCGGUUCAAGCGGCCAAGGACCUUCGCGUCGAAUUGAUCUUUGAUUUGUACGAAGACUUUGAUCCACAACGAAUGGCCGAAGACAUUGUACGAGUCGCCACUUCCUCGGAUAGUGACAGUACUACUACUGUUACUAAUAAAAAACCCGAUGCCUUAUUGGUGACGGUUCCCUCGGUGGUCGUCCACGAUGCCAUUCGAACGGCCUUGGCGCACAUGCCCGUGUUUGGAAUCAACAGUGGUUAUGAAUCGGCACGAGAACUCGGCCUGUUGGGAUUCAUUGCCAUGAACGAGUAUCUGGGAGGACAGCUGGCAGCCGAAGAAUUCUUAAUGAGACAACGACAACCAGCAGACAUUUCCAAAGCUCUCUUUGUCAACACGGAAAAGGGAAAUCGAGCUCUGGAUCAGCGGUUUGAAGGAUUUCGAGAUACGCUGCUGCAGCGACAGAGUAGUACUAGUAGUACAUCUUCUGGCAACAAUACCAGCGAUAGUACAACCACAACCACGACAACCAUACAAGUGAGCGAAAUAUCCUUGAGUGAACUCGAAUAUGACGGCAACGCAUCGAAAAUAUUACGGCAAGCCUUUGAGGGAUGUCCCUACAAUGUCGUGCUACUCAGUUCCUCCUCCGCCUUGGAGACAGCCACAAGAGCAUUAUAUGCAAAUUCCUGCAACUUGGAAAGCACUCGCUUGGCAACCUUUGAUGUCAGCAUUGAAAAUUAUUACGCCAUUGCCAUUGGAAAACUCAGCUUUACCAUUAGUCAACAACACUAUCUACAAGGAUCGCUGGGAGUAUGGAUGGCCACACUCUAUGCGACACAACACAAACGAUUGGAACCGCCCUUUCAAUCCGAAUACGGGGUCCAUUUUAGCGGACCAAAAGUCAUCAACUUGGAAGGAUUGCCCUCUGAUACACGACAAAUCUGCGAGGCCGAUGCCUUUCCCGUCUGUCCCAACAAGUACCAGCCAAAUGGAGUCACGGAAUCCCGAUGCCCCUGUACGGACCGAAGUCGAAUCCGGAUUGGAGGUGUCAUUCAUGGGACGCAGCGCGAUAAAUGGGCCGAUCAGCCACGGGCGGCGGCCGAGCAAGCCGCCAAAGAUUUGGGAGUGCAGGUGGAUUUCAAACUACUCAGUCCGGAAUCGGGGUCGUUGCCAACCUCCAAAAUGGCGGCCCGGAUACGGGCACUCUGCCGACAAGGGGUCGACGGACUCUUUGUCAGUAUUCCCAAUGGUGAUGAGAUUGUGCCGGCUCUUCAAGAAUGUCUCGAUCUGGAGGUGCCCAUUGUAUCCAUUAACGUUGGCAGCUAUACUUCGGCCAAUUUGGGUCUGUUGCAUCAUGUGGGACAGCUGGAAUACGUGGCAGGGUAUGGUGGUGGGAAACGGCUCAUUGAUGCUGGAAUGAAACAGGGCUUGUGUCCCAUACACGAAAUAGACAAUGUGUCAUUGCGAAGACGGUGUGAAGGGUUUGGUGCCGCCAUUGCCGAAUCGGCAGACCAGGGAGUGACAUAUUUAGGCGCGGUUCCGGUGGAACGAGAUCGGAAAGCACUCAAUCUACAAGAAAUACGAGCGGCCGUGGGUCAUGGAGGCGACUGGGAAGGUUUGGGUGUUUUGGCGCUUGGAGAUGCCGUUGUGGAAGAAGCCAUUCAAAUCAAAUCAGAACAUCCACAGGCGUUGGUUGGGACCUUUGAUAUCAAUGGCAAAGUCUUUGAUGGCAUUGAACAGGGGGAUCUACUGUUCGGAAUCGAUCAAGACCUACCGUUGCAGGGUGCCCUUCCCGUGUGGCUCCUGACUUUGUAUGCCACGACAGGGCAAAAACUGGUCAAUUUCAAUAUGGAGACCGGCCCUCGUUUUCUCGAGGAAGCGCCUCCUUCGGAAACAAUCCAAUGUGUGGAAACCGUUUUUAAAGUGUGUGCUCCACCAAACCAAAACGACAUGAAUCAACUGGCGAGUGUACGGCCAUUUGGGUUCACUAUUGCUGGAAUAUCUUUUGCCACGAGUUUGUUCUUUGUUGGCUGGGUCUUUCGACAUCGCCACCAUCCACGUCUCCAAUCUUCCCAGCCCUUCUUUCUGGUCGUCAUCUGUUUUGGUACCAUUGUCUUGACAUCUUCGAUCAUUCCCAUGAGCCUCGAUGACAGUAUUCUUGACGAGGAAGGUUGCAACAAAGCAUGCAUGAGCGUUCCUUGGUUGGCAUCUACGGGCUUCACGGUUAUUUUUGCAGCAUUGUUUGCAAAGUUGUGGAGGAUCACGGUGUUGGUCGAAAGCGCAAGGAAGUUUCGAAAGAGGGGAGAAAUUAGCGUUUGGCGUAGCAUGAAAGCGGCGUCGCUCCUGCUGUUGGUGAAUGUAGUUUGCUUGUUCGUGUGGACUGUGGUGGAUCCCAUGCAGUGGAUUAGAGUCCCAAUCUGCGGAAGCGGUGAUGAAAGCUCGCAUGGAUAUUGCAAUAUAGGAAACACAAACGUUUCUGUUGCAAUGGGAAUUUUGGUCCUGUUGGUGAACAUGGCUGUUGCAAUACUGACGGCUGUUCAAGCGUACAGAGCGCGUUGGAUCAAGCUACAAUUCAGCGAGACGAGGUACAUCUUCAUCAUGAUGCUGGGUGCUGUUCAGAUCUUUGCCGUUGGAUGUCCGCUGGUGGCCGUUGCCUACACGCAUCCUGUUGCGAGCUACUUUGUUAAAACAGUUCUCGUGUUCACUCUGAGCAUGACAGUCCUGAUGUUUAUGUUCAUCCCAAAGAUGUUUUCUGUUCACAACAUGGCAGAUGACCUGUUCAUUCGAUCCAGUACCAGCAAUCCAAUGGGUGCGAGCGGUUCGCGCAGGGGGGGUGAGUUUGAAAAAAGCAUGUGGAUAACUCGACUUCGUGCCUUGGAGGCAGUUGUCCUACAUGAACAAGGCUUGGAGCUGGAGCCAUUUAUGGAACGGGCCGGGAUUUUCUUGCCCAAUGAAGACGUGUCGUUGUCGGCUUCGAAACGACAUUUAGCUGUCAACGAUGGAGAGGGCAAUGACGGCGACCUGUCGUCGCGUCGUGCUGACGAGGAGCAGAAGAAGGCUCCCGAAGGGCGGCGAGAAUCAGAAGAAAAGCGCGAGGAAGGCGACAUUGAUGAGGAAGAGUCAGAGGUGAAAGAUUGCUGA